UAGCAUUUCUUAAGCGCACACAAAUAAGAUGUUUGGCAGUUUGGAGUGAUCUUUAUUUGGAAGGUUGUUUGCUGUUUGUGUAUCUUGAGGAAGUACGUUAAAUGGUACCAGCUACUUGUUGAUCGUCAUAAUUUUGAUAGUCUCCAUCUUUUGAAAUGAAUGCGACUAUAUUGUGGAUGAAUAGUUCUGGUGGACAGUUUACUGAUUUUGAUGUGAACUAACGAUGAAGGAUUCAGAUUAACGCUUCCGAGUCAGAUUGACUAUAAAUUCCAGCAGUUAUCUUUCUGGAUACAGUUUAUGGAAUCUAGUUCGUCCGAUUUAUGCCACCUGUUUAUAACGAAGGCAAUAUUGAAGAAAUGGCUGAUUACAAUAACGGAACGGGAACAAGAAAAGAAUCAAAAUCAGGCAUGUUAAAACGGAAUUUUACCAACAUUUUGACGGGCAAGGACCGCACUCGGGAACGGGCAGCGCGCAAGCCGACCAUGGGCGGCGAACAGCGCUCGGCGGAAGCGGCCAGCAUUGAAACGCUGGUCGAACAGCUCAGCACGACUCAAUUCAACGAACAGUUCGAAGUUAUGAUGGAGGAUAUGAAUUUGGACGAUAGCAAGAGAGUGCCUCUACUGAAAAUGGAUGAAAAACAAAGACGAAUGAUGCUGCAGAUGCAUCUCAUAAACAAAUCCGAUAAGUCCCAGAUAAUCGGGAACACGAAAUUCCACUCCCCGGAAGAUUUUCGGUCGUACCUGGAGCAAGUAGAUCUCACCUCGGAGAAAUGUUUGCGUUGCAUUGAGUCACUAAAAGUGUGCCUGAGUAACAAUCCAGUUAGUUGGAUUCGUGCAUUUGGACCAGACGGACUGGAAGCUUUAACCCGAGUGAUGGCCCACAAUUCCACAACAUUGGCUUUGCCCGAUACUAAAACUAGCGCAAAAAUUGAGAUCGAAUGUCUACGGUGUUUGAAAGCCAUUAUGAAUACUAAGUACGGGAUGAAGCUGGUUCUGGACAAGAAGGAAUUGUUUAUGCUGAUGGCACGCUGUGUCAAUGUCAGUAAUCAGCAGGUUAUGCUAGAGUCAGUGAAAUUAUUGGCGGCCACAUGCUUGCUACCUGAUGGUCAUAAUCGCGUUUUGCAAGGAUUUUCAGUCAGUAUGGAUGAAUCCAGCAAUAAUCGGUUUGAUGGGGUUGUACGUGGGAUAUAUGUGGCGAAUAAUGACCCUUUGCGUAUCGCCUGCAUGCAGCUGGUGAAUGCUCUCAUUAUCCAAGCGUCGGAAACAGAUUUUAAGAUUCAUUUGCGAAAUGAGUUUAUGCGUACGGGAUUGGGAGAUUUCCUGGAGACAUUGGAAGAACACGAAAACGAAGAACUGCAAGUGCAGUUGCGCUGUUUUCGAGAGCACCAGGAGGACGAUAUGGAAGAGAUACAAACCCGGUAUGCUAAUCUGCAGCUUUCAUACGAUGAUCCCGAUGAGUGCUAUGAACAUCUGAAGCAAUCGCUUGGGGAUACCAGUGCGGAGCCAUACUUUCUGUCUAUGCUGCAGCAUCUGAUGUUUAUCACUGACCAAGACGACAUUCGGACCUCCUACUAUCGCCUGAUCGAAGAAUGCAUAUCCCAGAUUGUGUUAACAAAAAAUGGCGUUGACCCUGAUUUUCGUCGCACAUCUUUGAAAAUUGACAUAGAGCCAUUAAUUGGGCAGAUUGCCGAACGUGUUCGCUCGGAAGACGGUGGAUCUGGGCGACAUGUUAAUAAGAAGCUGGACGAAGCUGUUACGGCCAAGCAGGAAGCUGAAGCCAAAAUUAUCCAACUGGAGAAUAAAAUUAAGGAGCUUGAAAAGGGGGGAGCGUCGGCUCCGCCUCCCCCUCCUGGCGCUCCACCUCCACCGGCACCACCUCCGCCACCGGGCGCGGGAGGUCCCAAGCCUCCGGGACCUCCUCCUCCGCCUCCUCCACCGGGUGGCCGUGUUGGUGGACCUCCUCCACCUCCGCCGCCAGGAGGCGGUCCUCCACCGCCACCUGGUGCACCUCUUCUUCCAGCUGGGCCUAUCCCCCUGCCAUUUGGUAUGAAGCAGAAGGCGCAGUACAAAGUCUCUGUGCCGCUACGGAAAACUAAUUGGAAUAAGAUAAUGCCACAGAAGCUGAAUGAGAAGUCGUUUUGGGUGAAGGUUAAUGAAGAUAAAUACGCAAAUGAUGAGCUUGUGCAGACUUUGACGCACGCUUUUGGCUCGAAAACGAAUGAAGCCGCUGAUGCCGGGGCGAACGAUAUUUAUGGUACAAUGGGCCGUAAAAAGCCGGCAAAGGAAUUGCGCGUGCUGGAUCAGAAAGGCGCUCAGAAUUUAGCGAUUAUUGUAUCCUCUGCCAAAAUGCCUAACGAUGAAUUGAAGAGAGUUAUUUUGGCAUGCGAUACGAACCGUUUGACUGAUGCACUGAUUCAGCAAAUGAUCAAAUACAUGCCCAGUCCGGAGCAAAUUAAAAGGUUGCAAGAAUUGCCACCAAAUGAAAAGGCAGACCUUGUGGACGCAGAAAAGUUUGCCUUGGAGAUUGGUGGGAUAGCAGGCAUUCUGCCACGUUUGAAUGCCAUGAGUUUUAAAGUCAGAUUUAACGAGAUCGUCCAAGAUAUUAAGCCGGAUAUUGUGGCUGUCGCAGCAGCAAGUGAAGAAACUAUGAAGAGCCACAAACUGGCGAAAAUUCUGGAAUUAAUUUUAUUGGUGGGAAAUAUCAUGAAUACGGGGUCAAGGAACGCUCAGUCCCUUGGGUUCGAAAUGGUUUAUCUCACCCAGUUAACUAAUACGAAAACCGUCGAUAACAAGAAAACUCUGCUCCAUGUCCUGAUAGAUUUGCUUGAGUCCAAAUAUCCAGACACUUUAUCCGUUGGUGAUGAACUUCUGCAUGUUGACAAAGCCGCUCGCGUAUCGAAAGAAAAUGUGACAAAAGCAUUAAAAGCGAUGGAGACUUCAUUAGUCCAGCUGGAACGUCAGUUACAAUCUGCAGCCACUCCGGACAAAGGCGAUAAAUUUGCGGAAGUCAUGGGACCUUUCGCCACAAAAGCUCGUGAACAGUAUGAACUACUUCAGAGCAUGUAUUCUCAGAUGGAAAAUGCCUACAACGAGUUAUCGACCUACUACUGUUUUGAUCCACUCAAAUUUCCUGUUGAUGAAUUUUUUGGGAAUAUCCAAAAAUUUUUGGCGGAUCUACGUAAAGCUUACGAUGAUAAUUUGCGAGCAAGAGAAGCCGAAGAAAAAGCACGUUUGGCACAAAUCGCUCACGAACGAGCGCUGCGAGAAAGAGAGAACAAAGCUAAAAGGCAUUUUGCUGCUGAAUUAUCUGGCGAGGAAGAGGAAGGUUUAAUGGAUAACCUGCUGGAAGCGCUAAAAACUGGUAGCGCAUUUAAGAGCGAGCGAACUCCAAAGAAGGCGCGACCGAAUCGCGGAAAUCGUCAAGCGCAACUCGUGCGGUCGCGGACACGCACGAAUAUCGUUUUGCCGCAGUCACUUUUAGCUGCUUCUGAAUCUCCAGACCCCGUGAACGGGUUACCAGUGCGCCCUUCCAGACGUAAGCGGCCUUCGCAGAAUGAAAACGAACCUUUCACUCCCCCGGCAGAAGACGGGCGGGGUGACCGGCCUGCGUUUCAUCCGCCACCGGUUAACGGUGUCGCUGUCUUUCCCAAAGAAACCAUGUCCCAGUCGGCCGGCAGAGGCGGCGUACCGGUCAACGACGAAGAGGAAGAAGACAUUUUUGCGGUACGGGACAUGUGGAGGCAGAAGCGUCGCAAUGUGGAAUUCCCUCACUCGGCUCAGAGAUAAUGCGAGUUUUGAAUAAGCCGUAGGGAUAAUUUAUAAAGGUUGUUUUGCGGUAUUGUUUUGAAAAAUGCGUUUUGAUUGUGAUAUUUCAAAGAAUGCCUUACUUUGUUGUCUAGCAUAUGGGGCGAGUUGCCUCCUGGGCUGUUUAUUUAAUUAUGCUUUUUUGAUCGACGGUAUGCAAAGAUUUUUGAGAAAGG